AGACUUAAGGACGCGCCGAAGGGCAAAGGAACGUUACAGGAACAGGAACGUUAGCCCAAACGCGGCUAACGUUCCUGUCGGUUUGGAGGCGCAGGGAGCGCAAGAAACAGAAGGCACUGUCCCGUCGUCGUCGUCGCUGGUCUGAAGGCGGAAUCGACGAGGCGAUGGCUGGGGAGAGACUGGCUGCCAACUCUGGAAGCGAUCGAUGGUGGCACGCGGCAGAAGAUUGAGAAUCGACAGCCCGUGCACGAUGAAUGGACGGGAGAAUGAGCUCGACGGACGAGAUUCGUGGUCGAGGAGCGAACAUGUGAUGAGCCUGCUUGAAUUCUCCACCAGAACAGGGAAGACGAGAAGGGUUGCAAUCUCGCAUUAAAUGAAGAGCCGCGCCUCGGAUGCGGAAUCGAGUCUGUAAUCGAUCGGCAUUAUGUGGAGAAAUCCCUAGAAUUCGAGCUUCCGGCGAAGACGAGAGGUCACUGGCCAAGGGUGAGCGAUGGUCAAUUGCAGGGCUCUGGAGAUCGCGGGGAAGCCAUUGGUCGUGUGGGAGCACGACGAUGUGAUUGAUGCGGGAACAGGGAAUUGUCUAACGGGAUCGUGGGUAUGGGACUGUGCCCUGGUGUUCGCCCACUGGUUGGGAACACCGGCAUGGGGUCGCAAUGCGUUGGACGGCAAAAGGGUCGUGGAAUUGGGGGCAGGAACAGGUCUUCCAGGCUUGGCAGCGGCCAUCUUCGGAGCUCAGGUGGUGCUGACUGAUAGAAGGCCUCUUCUGCCGGGUCUGGAGCGGAAUGUUGUAGCCAACAAUCUCUCGAGCAGAGUGCAGGUUCAAGAGCUGGAGUGGGGGGAGAGCUGCGCGCAUCUUUGCCCUCCGGUGGACUAUGUGUUCAUGUCCGACCUUCUGUACGACGUCGACUCCAUGGCUGCCCUCUGUAAGACACUGAUCGAGUUGAGUGACAGAAAUACACAAAUUCUGCUGUCUUAUGAGCUCCGCCCUGGCACGACCGAGUGCUUCCAAGAAUUUGGUAGACAAGGUUUAGUGUGGUCCAAGGUUCCCACUGAGGAAUUGCAUCCGGAUUGGAAUAGCGAGGACAUUGGCAUAUUCAGGAUAUGGCGAGAGGCCUAAUUUUGCUCCAAAAGUGGAGCGUACUUUUGUAGCUGCUCAAUCGUAUUGUAAUACAGUUGGCCACCCAUCUUAUGCGUGCAGGUCACCGCAGGUGAGGAUUUCCAAUUUCUCUCACCUUGGGAAAUUCCAUCUGCUGAACGCUGACAUUCAUAUUGCCUGCUAAUUGUCCACGAAUAUACUGGUAAUGGUAGCUGUGAC